UGAAACCUCAUAAGAAUAAAACAUUCUUAGCUUUUGUUACUUUCAAUAACGUUAGUAUCUACCAUUUUAUACAUAUCGUGUACAUUUUGGAGUACAACUAUGCAGCCAGCUAGGGUUACCAAAUUUGGAGCUUAUGUGUACGAGGAUGGUACGAAAUACAUAGGAGACUGGAACGAUCGAGGUCGAAAACACGGCUUAGGUCACGUCCAGUUAAAAGACAACACACGCUAUGAAGGAGGAUUUAGCAAUGGACUUUGCUCGGGUCUUGGAGUUCUCCAGUACCCGGAUGGAGCGAGAUACGAAGGAGAAUUUAUGGAAGGAUGGUUUCAUGGUCACGGGAUGUUUUGGAGGGCUGAUGGCAUGAAGUACGAAGGACAAUUUCGAGGUGGCCGUAUUUGGGGAUUAGGUUUAGUAACGUUUAAGGAUGGAUCCCACGGGCUUCCAAGGCACGAAGGAUUUUUCAAAGAUUGCAAAUUUGUACAGAAGAAAAAAUGUCCGGCUGUAGUUACAGAUGCACAACGAGCAGCAUUGAUGGCAAGAAUACAAACUGAACAAACAUAAUUUUUUUUAAUACAAUUUUCUACGUAUAGUGUAAAAAAUAAAAAAAUAGAUCUUGCAAAAUACAAAAAAAAAAAAUAUUAUAAUUCUUGAUAAAUAAUCUACUAGAAAUGGGAUUUUUUUUUUAUCUCAAACGAUUUUGUAAUUCUCAAUAGUUUUAAUGUUAAAAGGACACCACACACACAUUGUUGUCUUUGUCUUAAAAACAUAUAGGUAUAUCAUAGCAAAUUUCACGUUCAUCUUAAUCCAUUUUAUCUUGUUAUUUUUAAAAUUAGAGUGAUUUAUCAAUUAUAAAAAAUAAAGGUUAGAUUAUCAUCUAGUCCGUCUAGAUUCUAAAGCAUCUCUGAGGAUUUUAACGAUAUCUUAAUUACAAAGUAAACUUAAAAGCAUUUUAAAUCUGUAGUUUUUUGUAAAUCUUAAAACGAACAUAACUUGCUUUAAAAUUAAAACAUCAAUAAAAGCCUCCGAGGUGCCUUAGAAUUUUAGAUAAUAAUCUUAACGGAGAGAGAAUAAAUUAGAUAGUCAUCUACCAAUGAUAUUCACAGAUUGGUUUAUUUUUAAAUUUAAAUAUUUGUUUUUUGAUUUUGUAUUUGGUAAAAUGAAUACAGAAUUAAAAUUUAGUAUAAUACACAAUAGUUAUUGAGUUUUUGUAUACUUAACAAGUAUGGCAUUUAAUACAUUGAAUAAAGUUUACCUAUCUAAAUAAAUAAUAAUGAUUGAUUUAGUGUAAUUGAAUUCUUAUUUUAAUCGAAAUGUGUUUAUAUUAUAUUAUAGAUUAGAGGUAUCUAUAUUAUUAUAAUUUAUAAGUAUUAUAUUAAAGUAGUAGAUAUCAAUUACAUAAUAUUCUGUUACACUGGGUAGUUACUAGUUAUAUGUAUUUUGGAUCCUGCAUUUCUAACCUAGUGAACUUGACCUUGCACUAGUACAACAUGUGAUAAAUAAGUGUAUACACACUACAAAUACACAAAUACUGCCAUACCUAUGUGGCUAUGUGAUAAUAAGUAAUAUUAACAUAAUGUUUUAUAAAUAUAAUAAUAUAGGUACCUAUAAUGUAAACAUAUCGUUUUGAAUUGAUACCACUUAAUAAUAGUAUAAUUAGAAUUAUUAUAUUUACAUUUAUUAAUAUUUAUGAAAAUUAUAUAACUACAUCCAAGAACGAUAAU